UGUUCCCAUUGCACUCCUGGUAACCGACUCGGCUUUGACAAGACUAUUCUCUGUGUUAACCCUUUACCUGACCUCCCGUUGCUGAACCCGGCCCGUGACCUGAGUAUUCUUUGCCUACCGUCUAGUACUGUCUGCUCCGUUCUCCCACCAGCUGUACGCCAUUGGCGGCAGUCGUUAUCGCAGCUGGGGUCACUCGGGGGCCGCGACCUGGUCUCAGGCUGCGUCAAGUCCAUCCCCACCAUCAGGGGCCCUGGUGAAGGGUAGCCUGGGGCUUA